AAAGUUUAGGGUCGUGUUAACGAUUUUGAUUGUUGAGGAGGGUUUGAAUAACUGUACGCAUAAUUAGGCUUUUGUUUUUUUUCUUGGCAGACACCGAACCGUGAAGUCCGUCUAUACUAGCGGACCGUACUUUGCAGCGUCGCCAUCCUCCAUCUUCAAACCAAAUUUUAGUACUGUAUGACAGAGAAUGGGAGUGAGCAGAUUGAGGGAGUUUAUCGCCAAUAACAAAGUAUUAUUCGAUAAAGCAUUCUUUGUGGUCCAAUUUCUCUGCUUCCUGCAUCUCAAAAAUAACACUCACAUCAGCACUGUCGUUCUCACCUCCGGCCCCAGCAUGCUUCCGACCCUGAACAUCACCGCUGACCUUCUCCUGGCAGAGCGGCUCUCACAUCGGUUCGGCAAGGUGGAACCUGGAGACAUUGUUCUUGUACGGUCACCUGUGGCUCCCCGGAAGGUUGUGACAAAACGUGUGAUUGGUAUGGAGGGUCACAGUAUGACCUAUGUUGUAGACCCUAAUAGCAGCGAUAGAUGUGAGACAAUUGUGGUUCCGAAGGGGCAUCUCUGGGUACAGGGAGAUAACAUCUAUGCUUCCACUGAUUCCAGGCGUUUUGGUCCCGUUCCUUAUGGCCUUCUUGAAGGCAAAGUCUUUUGGAGGAUAUGGCCACCUAAAGACUUUGGACCUUUGGAGAAAGAGCUAGAUAAGUGAUUUAAUCUUGAAUGGUAAACUUUUCUAAGCCAUGCUGCCACAGAUAUAUGUUAAGCAAUCAGUAUUAUUUAAGAUCUAUAUGAUUUUGAAAUCUUGUUUUGGCUUUUAUGCGCUGUUUCCUGCGAGAGAUUGCCACUGCAAUCCCACUUUGUUAUCGUGACAUUCGCUAAGAAAGAAGAGACAAUGAAGUUAUGGUGAAGAGAGCAAAUCACCCAAUUGAUUAGGUAAAUUAUAUCAUUAGAAUGAACUUUUUGGUAUAUCCUUGAAGUUAUUGAUGGACAGACUCCAUCCAAUUCUUUGAGAGCAAGAGACUGUAAUUCAUAUAGGCCAUUUCAUUCCCUGAUAAGAGACUAAUUGGCAACGGUUGAAAACAGCCAUAACUAAGUGCUGUAAUCAGUGGUGUUUGGUUUUGAAAUUUUAAUCAUAAAUAGGAUUGUCGUAAGGCUCUUUAGUAACUCAGGAGGCCUUUGCUCUCACGACAAGUGCUCAUGGUCAUUGCUGCUUCUUAGAAUGAUUGGGAUGUCAGUUUAUGAGGCUCCCUCUUUCGGUUUUAAGGUAGGCGGAAGGAAAAGUUUCGAGCUAUCGCUGUCCCGUGUACUCUAUGCAACAAUUUCUUCUUUUGCCAAAUGCUAAUGUGAGUAUAAAGGCACUCUUUGUUGCAUCAAAUCAUUUAAAAUAUACUCCCUUUAUGCAUACCCAUUUUAGAGCUAAAGUCUAAGAACAUGGCCUUGUGGCUCAGAAAAUAGCAGGUCUUCAAGUUCACGUGGAGUUUUUCUUUGUGAAGAACAUGUAAAACUUGACACUAGUUGCUUACAAGUAAUGUGCGUUUGUUUUUCUUUUUCUUUUCCUUUUGACAAGCUAAAAGUAAUGUUCUAACUCUUCUUUUGUGAAGAAGUAUUUUGCAGAUAAAUUGCACCUCUUUACUGUCUAAACGUAAUGGCGUAACUCAUUUGAGAGAGUUGACAAACAACUUGAUUUGAGAAUGGACAGGGGGCGACAUAUAUUGCCGAUAGCAAUAUUCUUGCAUCUUGGAUGAUCUUUGAGAAGACUGAGCAGGUGCACCAGUCAUGGGAGUACUGCAGACUUUCGCAGUUGAGGGAGCAGUGAACUCGGACAACCCGCGAUUGAGAUGUUGGGUUGACGAUCGAUAGACCAGUCUUAUAAACUCAGUUUUCAUUCAAUUUAUACAAGUUGCAGGUUUUCAUGACUGCAUCCUUUGGGGGAUCUGUUGAUUUUGGCAUUAUUUGCAUACUUUUUAAGUGAUAAAACCAUGCUUAUUUGGACACA